AUGUUUGCGUCGGAAGGUGUCAGGUUCGCCAGCUGUGGUGUAGCUCGCACGUCUGCAAAGGUCAAUGACCUCCACAACCAAGUUUCGCUGCUCAGCACUAAAAAGUUAUCCCGCGCAGAAGAAGUACGCCAGACGGCCUUGCGAACGGCUGCCUACACCAACAAGCUCUUCAUGAGGAAGGCAAAGGUGCUAGGCGUUUAUCGGCAAACUGCUGCGGCCAAGAAGAUGGAACAAAGGGUGUUGAUGGACAGCAUUGGAGAGCUCUCGUCGAAGUCUUCGACGGAGCGUGAAAGCCUGCGCAACGCUCAGAAAGCCUUGCGGUUCUUCGACAGCACAUGGUGGACAGUUCGCCGGCAUCUUGACGACUACCUGCAGGCCGGGCUGCUGUCAGAACCGUAG